UCUUUAUGUGUAUUUAUUUUCUUUGUUUCUUUGUCUCCAAUCCUAUAAUAUAAAUAGGAGUUUUUACUUGUACUUGAAACACACAAUGAAUAUACAAUAUUUUCUCUUGUUUUCCUGAGUUUCUACAUCUUUGAAUCAACUCUUAUUUACCCCUGAACUGUAAGGUUGAAACGAAUAACGAAAAGUUGGUGUCGUUUUUGCGGUUAUGGCGACGGCACCUAGCAACAGUCCGACGGCGAAAGUAGGAACCCUAGGUUUAAGUUCACCGUCGUCUUCAGUUCAGCCUAAAUCUCAACGCGGUCAGAAUAAGCCUAAGUGCAAACAGUGUGGCAAUGUUGCUCGUUCUAGGUGUCCUUAUGAGUGUUGCAAGAGUUGCUGUUCAAGAAAUCAAAAUCCAUGUCCUAUUCAUGUGUUAAAAGCCAGUACAACUUUUCCUGACAACACUCCAUCUUCUGGUGCUGCCCCACUUGAUCGGAAAUCCUUCGAACCACCUCCAUCAGUAAAUGCAGGUAGAGUUGCAUCACUUCGGCAACUUUCCAAUAGUUUUGCUCAGUUCAAUAAUUUGCACCUUUCACUUCGAUCAAAGAAGCCAUUAACUAGAAAGGAUGCUGCAGCUAUCAAUGAAUGGAGAUUUUCCAAGUUAAAGGAAUACAAGGAGCGAAAUAUUGAAGUGGAAAAUGAAGCUUUUGACCGGUACAUGCAAAAUGUAGAUUUACUGGAAGAAGUAUUAUCUGUGAAGCAUUCGGAUGAAAAUGUGUCUUCUGCAUCUGAGGCUAAUCCUACUCCAACGGAGAACAAUGAGAUAAUGGUCCCUGGGUUAAAAUUGCAGCUAAGGUCAAACUCGGCAAGAAGUGAUGGUGUGAGAAUAAGAAUAAAAAAAAUUGUAGAUGAGGGAUUAAAGAAGCUUAAGAAGUGUGCUGUAGAUAGCGACAGCAAAGAACAAAUUGAUGAAGUUAAUGAGGCUUCAAAUAAGAGAAAGAGGACCGAAAAGUUAUCAGCUAUAAGUGAUCUUAUGGACAAAAUUAACAAAGCCCGAAGUGAGGAGGAUUUGCAGUCAUGCUUGGAGAUGAAGUUACAGCUUUUCAAUUCAGACGAAGACUCUGCCAUGGUGCAACUUGCUGACAAUGAAACACUCGAGAGUCAUACGGCAGAAAUUGAUGUUGCACCAGCAAAAGAAUUGGGUUAUUCAUUACCAAAAUUGAUUGGGACGACUGAAAUUGAUCAAGAAACUCUCAACACCAUUGACAAACACUUUUCCUCUCUUGAGUCUGUAGAGCAGUUAUGAGGUUAGAAUUCUUAAUUAAAAUUUAGCCUCUGGAGAAUGACAAAUUUAAAUGCUGUAUUGUAAUUGUUCAAGGAAAAUGCUGUGUAAAAUUAAAAUUAGAAUUAGUCAAAAUGGAAAAGCCAAACAAUGUCUCAAAAAUCGGAAUGGAUCCAAUUUUUGAAUGAUUGAAUUAGUUUGAUCGUGAACUUGUUAUAUUUUCAGUUUAAUCAUUAUUUGAUUAAGGUUAAAACUUAAAACCAAGAAUUAUUCAGAUGA